AUGGAUGAGACUGACAGUGGUUUUCGUGCCGAAUAUGCGAAAUCUGAUCGAUCAACAUGUAAAGGAUGUCGAUCGACAAUUAACAAAGAUUCUUUACGUUUGGCAAUUAUGAUUCAAUCACCAAACUUCGAUGGAAAAAUUCCAACAUGGUAUCACACAAAUUGUUUCUUUAAAAAAGUUAAACCAGCCAAUGCAGAAAUUAUCAAAGGUUUUGAGGAACUUCGUUGGGACGAUCAAGAAAGAAUUCGUCAAAAAGUCGAUGGAAAAUCAACAAAAGAGACAAAAGAUGAAACGGAAAAUCAUUCCAGUGAAUUUUGUGUUGAAUACGCUCGAUCCAAUCGAAGUACAUGUCAUGGUUGUAAUUCCAAAAUUGAAAAAGAUCUCGUUCGAUUAUCAAGAAAAGUUUCUUCAGCCCAUACAUCAGUUCCCACUGAUGAAUGGUAUCAUAUUGAUUGUUUCAAAGAACACAAAGAUGAACUUCUUUUCGAUGGAAAUGCUGAGACAUUUGUUGGAUUCAAUAAUUUGAAUAAAGAAGAUCAAACGGAAUUGAAAAAGAAAUUUGGUUCAGUAAAUGUCAAUCGAAAACGUAAAGGAGAAAAAGCAGCAAGUUCAGCAGGAGACAAUGAUGAUGCACCCAAAGCGAAACAAUCGAAAUUAGAAGAAAAUAAUCAUAGUUCAGCACUUGAACAAGAAGUUCGACAAAAGAAAGAACAAAGUGAAUUACUCUGGAAAUAUAAAGAUGCAUUAAGAAAAGAAGUACCAAAUGAUGUUUUAAGAGAAUUACUUGAACAUAAUCAACAAAAGAUCGUCACUGGUGAAUCCCAUUUAAUCGAUACUGUAGCAGAUUGUAUGGCUUUUGGAAUAUUGGAACAUUGUCCUGAAUGUGGAGGAUUUCUCAUCUUUAGUUACACUUGUUAUCGUUGCACUGGUGAUGUUACUGAAUGGACAAAAUGUUCUUAUACAACAACAACACCGACACGAAAAGCAUUUGAUAUUCCAAAUGAUAUUAAAACGGAAUAUGAUGCAUUUAAAUCAUAUAAAUAUAAAAAACGUGAUCGAAUCUUGGCGAAAGUUAUUGAAAAUCAAGCGAUUGUUGAGAAAACACCAGAAGUGACACGAGUUAUCAAAGAACCGACGUAUAAUUCGAAUUUUCCAUUAUCUGGUUAUGUUGUCUCAUCAGCUGGCCGUUUGUCGAGUUCAGUUGCAACACUACAGAAAGAAAUUGAACGUUUAGGUGGAACAUUUUCAUCCAAAAUCGACGAAACUGUUGGAAUUGUUAUUAGUUCACAAGAUGAACUUCAAAAGAAGAGCAAAAAACUUCAAGAUGCUGAAACGAUGAAUAUUCAUGUUGUUUCCGAAGAUUUUCUUAAAGAAAUUCUCAAUGAUCGUCCAUCAAUUGUCAUGGAAAAAUGUAAAAUAUCAACUUGGGGAAUUUUACCUCACAUUCGACAACAAACCAAAGCAGAUGAAAAAGCAAAAGUCAAAUCUCAACGAGAAUCAUUGACAACAUCAUCAGCAAAAUCAGAUGCACGAUUAAAUAAAUCAGUACCAGAUAAGAUCAAAUUGAAAUUGAAAGAUGGAGCUGCUGUUGAUCCUGAUUCAGGAUUAGAAGAUACUUGUCAUGUUUUGAAAGAUACAGAAACGAAUGGAAUCUUUACAUCGGUUCUUGGUUUAGUUGAUAUAACACGUGGAACAAAUUCGUAUUAUAAAUUACAAUUAUUAGAAUCAGAUAAUGGUCGACAAUGGUUCGUCUUUCGAGCAUGGGGUCGAACAGGAACGAUCUAUGGAGGAAACAAAGUUGAUGAAUAUAGUCGAAAAGCAGAUGCAAUUCAAGCAUUUCAUGCUGUUUUUCUUGAUAAAACUGGAAAUGAAUGGACUGAAAGAGAAAACUUUCAAAAAUUACCCAAUAAACAUUAUCCAUUGGAAAUUGAUUAUGGUCAACAUGGUGAUAAUGAUAAAAUGCAAAAAUUACUUGAAAGUGCCAAUUUAAAUAUUCAAUCGAAAUUAGCAAAUGCUGUUCAAGAUCUUGUUAAAAUGAUUUUUAAUGUUGAAACAAUGAAACAAGCCUUAUUAUCAUUUGAAAUUGAUUUAACAAAAAUGCCUCUUGGAAAAUUAUCAAAAAAUCAAUUAGAUAAAGCUUAUAAAGUGUUAACUGAACUACAGACAUUGAUUACAAGUGGUGUAACAACAUCGAAAACGGCUAUUAUUGAUGCAAGUAAUCGAUUCUACACGCUUAUUCCUCAUGAUUUUGGUCUUGCAAAACCACCUUUACUUGAUAAUGCUGAAUUAAUAAAAACAAAAACUGAAAUGAUCGAUAAUUUAUUAGAAAUUGAAAUCGCUUAUUCGAUGUUAGACGAAUCAAAUAAUGUCGUUGAAAGUACUGAACAUCCAAUUGAUGUUCAUUAUAAAAAAUUAAAAUGUGAUCUGGUUCCAGUUGAUAAAAAUUCCGAUGAAUUUAAGUUAAUUGAAAAAUAUAUGAUUAAAACACAUGCCAAAACUCAUGAUCAAUAUACAUUAAAAUUACGUGAACUAUUUAAAACAACACGUCAUGGAGAAUUUGAUCGUUUUCAAAAUUUUCAAACUCUUGAUAAUCAUCAAUUAUUAUGGCAUGGAUCAAGAACAACAAACUAUGCUGGAAUUCUUAGUCAAGGUUUACGUAUUGCACCACCAGAAGCUCCUGUUACUGGUUAUAUGUUUGGUAAAGGUGUUUAUUUUGCUGAUAUGGUUUCAAAAAGUGCAAAUUAUUGUUUUACAACAAAACAAUCUCCUGAAGGACUAAUGCUUCUAUGCGAAGUUGCACUUGGAAAAAUGUAUGAGUGUAAUAAAGCUACGAAUUUAUCUGCAUCAACGUUACCGAAUGGAACACAUUCGACAAAAGGUUGUGGAUCGACAAUGCCUGAUCCAAAAGAACAUCAUUAUACAAAUGAUGGAUUACUCAUUCCAAUGGGUCAUGGUGUUCCAUCGAAUGCUCGACAAACUUCUUUAUUAUACAAUGAAUAUAUUGUUUAUAAUACUGAUCAAAUCAAUAUGAAAUAUCUUUUACGUGUAGAUUUUCAGUACAAAUAUUGA